CUCUCUCACUCUCUUGCUCUCUCUGUCUCUCACUCUGCCUCCACAGUCUUGUCACAGCUCUUUCAGUACCACACAUCAGACUUGGACUCAGCAGGUGGUGGUCAGUAGAGACCAGGAUUCUUGGAGAGGAAGCUUUCAGGUUGGAAAAUCAGCGGUAACCAUGGGCUGCUUUGGAUUCCUGAAGUUCAUGAUGUUCGUCUUCAACGGCAUCAUCUUUCUGGCGGGCGCCGCCAUCCUGGGCGUGGGCAUCUGGGUGAAGGUGGACAGCAGCUCCAUCUUCGACCUGCUGGGGAAGGUGAAGAACCUCCCUCCGGAGCUGAGUCAGGUGCUGCAUGUUGGAUACCUGCUCAUCGCCAUUGGCGCCCUGCUGCUGCUCAUCGGCUUCCUGGGCUGCUGCGGCGCGGUGAAGGAGAGUCGCUGCAUGCUGCUGCUGUUCUUCAUCAUCGUUCUGGUGGUCUUCAUCGCUGAGGUGGUCGGCGCCAUCAUCAUCCUGGUGUUCAGACCCCUGGCCGGAGAUCUUCUGGCCCAGAUCGGGGCGGCGGCAGUCAAGAACAUCAGGAAGGACUACGGGAAGAACCCCGACAUCACCAUUCUGUGGAACACCACCAUGAGCGCCAUGAGCUGCUGUGGCUUCUACAACGCCUCCGACUUCCUGGGCUCUCCCUAUUACUCUGGCAACGACAACAAGUACCCCCCGCUGUGCUGCAGCCACUCGGCCGACAACCCGUGCAACCAGAGCAUGGCUGAGACUUCCCCGGUGCCGGGUUGCUUCUCAAAGUUCACCGGGAUGAUCGAAAGCAACACUGGAGCCAUUGUUGCUGUGGCACUGGCGAUCGCAGCUUUAGAGGUCUGCGCCAUGAUCGUCUCCAUGGUCCUCUACUGCCAAGUCAAGUCCAGGUGAGGUCGACGGAGGAGAGCGACGAGCCGGAACCCUGGAGAUGUUUCAUUCUUCUCACCAGAGCCUUUCAUUCCAGCCAUCAGCUGCCUGUUUUAAUAUUGGAAAAUGACUCAUAACUGCAGCUUCACUGCCACAUGCAAAUCGCCGCCAAAUUGUUUUCCUCUCCGUUAAUGUGUUUAUCCUUUUAUAUUUUUAUUUUCUUCAUCACGGUUUGACUUUUUAUGGUUGUUACGGUCACAUUUUUGCGCCUAAAACAUCAAUAUUCAUGUGAUUUAAUAUGAAAUAAAGGAUUAC